AUGUACGGGUUGUAUGUACCUCCUCAGGCUAAUCGUAGCCUCAAUGUCGCCUCAGUGAAGGCCUGGAAGUACCUCCCUCCUGGAGACGAGCAGGCUCUGGAGGACGCCGUGGCAACCAUUGGACCCGUUGCCGUGGUUAUCGACACCACCACUCGCAACUUCCAGUUCUAUCGUAGAGGAGUGUUCUAUGACCCCAAGUGUUCCAUCUGGAAGCAGGCCCAUGCGGUUCUGCUGGUGGGUUUCGGUUCUGAAGGGCAGCAAGAGUACUGGACCAUUAAAAACAGAAAACUGACAAAUAGAAUCAACAUUGCAUGGAUGGAGCAGGAGCAUAAUAAACAUUUAACGCAAUAAAAGAUCCAAUCCCUGAUGUGACACAUACAUUAGUGAUAUAGCAUAAUACAUUACUGUGGACAAUCCACUCAGGAUGAGUCAAUUAUAUUUGGCACCUGACAGCUGGGUGGAGCCUGAGAGUGUGUGUGUGAGUGUGUGUGUGUGUGAGAGUGUCGGUGUGUGUGAGAGUGUGUGUG